AUGGUGGUGCGCUACAGCCGAGAGGAGCUCCAGGCGCUGAGGCACGACGCCUCGGAGGAACUGCCCGCGGGUGUAGAUGCCGCAGGUAUGCUCCAUGACAAUGUGGUGGUGAGGAGCAAGAGGAAGCGACGUAGGCCUUCUAGGGCUAGCAGCAGCAGCAACAACAAGCGCAGGAGAGUGUCGGCCGAUUCUGACGAAGAUGGGGAUUUUGGGGGGAUGUUUGACGAAGAAAACACCGUCUUCCCGGGCUUCUUGGAGGGCCACGAUGGCGAUUACAACAUUGAAGACGACGAGGACGACUACCAAGACCUUGGGCCGAUCCAGAAGGUCGCUUUCGUGGUAGAGGGAGAGCCCGACUUCGACAAGGAGGAACCAGACGAUGGAUGGGAGUACGUGCGUCGUGUCAAGUGGGAGGCAGCAAGGUACCCAGCCGUCAAAGUUGCUACCAUCUCUCCCCAACACUCUGUGGACAAACGAACUCACUACGUCCCAGUGGUUCCGGCUAUUUCGGCUUGCGAUCCUCAGCUCCUGCCAACACAGGACUGGGAAGCCAAGUUCUUGCUCACUUUCGCCAGCCUCAGGUCUAGGUUCGAAGCUCGCGAGCCAAGCUCGUCUCACAGGCCCGUGCCGCACAUGAAAGACGACUGUGGAUGGAAGGCUCUGUGCUUUGGCAAGGGAGGUGGUGGUGUGGAGGAUGGCGUCCCCGUGGCCGAGGAGCUGGAGGAAUUUGGUGCCGGGCCACUGCUUUUCUACCGGGGAGAGCUCCACACUCUGCUCGACUUGGAUGAAGUGAGUCGAGCAGAUCUGCUGCAAAAGCACAUAAGGUGGUUUCAAGGCUUGGAUCACCUCCCCCACGACAGGGCAGUGUGGCUCUUUGCCUUGACUGCAGCCGUGGGCAAGCCCAUUGAUGCAGAGACGAGCUUUGCCCUGAGGACGCUAUUGAGAAGCUGCGCUGCAAUCCGAGCUUCCAAAACGUUUAAAGACCAAGGCGAGCUCCAGAUGCUCAACAUGAUUAUCACAGUUGCUGGUAAAUACUUUGGACAGGAUGACAGUCAUUGCUUAUAA